GACUAGACGGCUCGGGUCGCUAGUUUGCAGCUUUGCUGGGCGAUUAUCGUGCUUUAAAACCCUGCGGAGCCAUGCAGCGACUUUCACGUUGGGACUCUGUGGAACUAGGCUGGCUUUUCAGGAGGCGCUAGGGCUGCGUUGUGAAGACGGCUGACGCCACGCCAGGGUCAAGGUGCCUGUGAGGGGCGUACCCUCUGGCCAUGAAGAAGAUUUUUGGCUUCAGGAGUAAGGGCCCGAUGCCGUUAGGCCCCUCCGCCCGCCCGCGGAACAACUGCGUGGGCUUCGGGCGUGAGAAUGCUAGUGGCUCCCUCAUGCCCAGGUACCACAUUCACGACAAGGAUAUGGGCAAGAUCCACAAGGCUGCAAGCGUGGGUGAUGUAGCCAAAGUACAGCACAUCCUUAUCCUUGGGAAAAGUGGCGUGAACGAUAGAGACAAGAAGGACAGAACUGCGCUACAUCUUGCCUGUGCUUAUGGCCAUCCAGAAGUGGUGACUCUCUUAGUGGAGAGAAAAUGUGACAUUGAUGCCUGUGACGGUGAGAACAGCACAGCUCUCAUUAAGGCCGUCCAAUGCCAGGAGGAAGAAUGUGCAACUAUUUUGCUGGAGCAUGGUGCUGAUCCGAAUGUAACGGACAACAGUGGCAACACUGCCCUCCACUAUGCUGUCUGCAGUGAAAACACAUCCAUAGCAGCCAAACUGCUUGCACACAACGCAGAUAUGGAAGCCAAGAACAAGGAUGACCUCACACCUCUGUUACUUGCUGUAAAGGAAAAUAAGCAGCAUAUUGUGGAAUUUUUAGUAAAGAAAAAAGCAAGUAUUCAUGCAGUUGAUCAGCUUGGAAGCAACAGACAAAUAUUUGAAUAUGAUGGGAAGAGACUAAAAAGUUCUGAAAAUAGCAAUCCAGCAGUGGAUAAUGGUUCUGAAGAUGAAUCUUUAACCAGGUCUUCUAACACACCCGAUCCUGCUGACUCCUGGCCAACGUCGGAUGAGGAUGAAUACAAUUUUGAUAGCAAGAAUGUCCCCAAAAUUAACUUAACAGAGCUGUGGGCAGCUGCUCAGCAGUCCAAGAAAAACCAAACAAAAUGUGGCUUUGAGAACCUAGGAAAUAGAAUCCUGUUUGACAAUAGUAAUUCCAAUAGUGACAUUGAAGAUGAAGUUGAAAUUGGUCCUGGAACAUCAGCCAGAGUCCAGACCUCUUCUCCAUCCUGUCCGUCACCUGUCCCAAUGGAAGGAGCAACUGAACCCGCACCUGGAAGAGAAGAAAACGGUGCUGAUACUGUGGAAAGGGCUUCACAAGAAAACGGUGCUGAUACUGUGGAAAGGGCUUCACAAGAGCAACCAAAUCGUGACAAUUUAACCUGUGCUGGUGGUUGGCACAGAAGUAAUAAAAGUGAAAUGAUGUCUGCAUUAGGAUUAGGAGAAGAGGAAGAAGAAGAAUCACCUUGGGAUUCUGAGAGUAUCUCUGACAGUGUUUCACUGAAAGGUGUAGGUCAUUUAUCUGGAACUGCAGAUCAAACAGGAGAGACUAGAAAACGUGGACAAGUAGAAGAUGUGACUUACAUACCUUCUUGCAUGAGUGGACCGAGAAACUUUAAGAUGGCUAACCUAGAGGAGUCAAGAAAUGUAGGCAUUCCAGUAGCCCACAAGGAGGCCCUCAGGAAAUAUCCAGUCAUAGAGCCUACCAGCAAAAGGACGGAUGCUGUUCUGAACAAAACAGUAGGAAUGAAGGGUAUAACAGUGUUCAAGUCAGAACCAGACAUAGAAAUAGUACCAAGAGAAGAGGAGAAAAGACUCAGUAGCAGUGAAGACAGCCAGCGACAGGCUGAAGAAAAAAGAAAGUACAAAAAUAGCGGAGCAAAAGUAUCAGGAAGUCUGUACGAUGGUGCCGUUGACAGUGUUGGUAAUGGAGUAAAUCAGCAGAGUGGAAAAACUGACUGCCAGCAGUUUCCUGUGAAGAGGAAUGAAGAACACGCUAGUAGUGGUCCUGCCUUGCUUAUGAAGGAAGUGAAGAAAAAGGAAAAUGAAGAAUGGGUAUCCAGAGAAUCUGUUAUGAUGCCAAUGACUGAGGAAGCUGACUCACCACCUGGUGGUUCAUUACAAAUGCAGGACGGUUCCAGUCUAAGUGACACAGACCAGAGUGACAUGAGGUCCACAAAGAAAACAUCUAAAAAAAAUAACAAGGCCAGAAAACAGGUAGCUACUGUGAAUGACCUGGAUGACUUGAAUGAGUCAUCUGAAACAGCCUCUGAGGACUGUGAGCUACAGUGUCCCGAUUAUGAGAGCGUUUUGUGUGAAAUUGAACAUCUCAGAAUGGAAUGUAGAGAUAUUGUUAGUCUACUGAAAAUCCGGGAUGCAGUUUAUUCAUAUAAAAGAUUAAUAGAAUUUAAAAAAAGCCACUGUGAACUACUUACAGGAAAACUUAAAAGAAUGGAAAAUAAAUUUAAGGAAUUACAGAAGGAAGUAUCAGAAACAAAAGAAGUAAAAUCACAGUUAGAGCAUGAAAAGGUAGAAUGGGAACAAGAACUCUCCAAUCUGAGAUUUGCACUAAAACAAGAGGAAGAGAAGCGGAGAAGUGCAGAUCAGCUUUCUGAGAAAACUAUGGAGCAGCUUAGGAGGAAAGAUGAGCAAUAUCAGAAUGAGGUUGACGAGAAGCAACAGCUUGAAGUCUCUCUCAGAACACUGGAUAUGGAGUUGAAGACAGUAAGAAAUCAUUUGAACCAGAUUUUAGAGGAACGAAAUGAGAUUCAGAGGCAGCUUUCCCAAGAGCAAAAUGCCAGAAUGUUACAAGAUGGAAUUCUUGCAAAUCAUCUUUCCAAACAGAAGGAGAUAGAAAUGGCACAGAAGAAAAUGACUUCUGAGGUGUCUGUUAGUCAUGAAAAAGAAAAAGAUCUAUUGCAUAAAAACCAGCGGUUACAGGAUGAAAUUGCCAUGUUAAGACUGGAGAUGAACACAGUAAAGACCCACAGCCAGGAAAAGGAGAAGAAGUACCUGGAGGAUAUUAAGACUGCAAAUGAAAAGAGCGAUAAACUUCAAAGAAUGAUAAAGCUGAAUGAAGAAACAUUUACAAAAACAAUAUUCCAAUACAAUGGACAGAUUAAUAAUCUUACAACUGAAAACACAAUGCUGAGUUCUAAGCUGGAGAAUGAAAAACAAAAUAAAGAAAGACUGGAAACAGAUGUCGAAUCAUUCCGAUCUAGACUGGCUUCUGCUAUGCAUGACCAUGCUGAGAUUCAGACAUCAAAAAGAGACCUAGAAAUUGCUUUCCAGAGGGCAAGAGAUGAGUGGGUUCGUUUGCAAGACAAGAUGAAUUUUGAUAUGUCUAACCUCAGAGAUAACAAUGAGAUUCUCUCCCAACAACUUUCUAAAACUGAAAGAAAAUUGAAUAGCCUGGAAAAUGAGUUUCAUCAUACUAAAGAUGCGCUUAGAGAAAAGACUUUGGCUUUGAAACAUGUACAAAGAGACCUCAACCAGACACAGUGCCAAAUGAAGGAAGUUGAGCAUAUGUAUCAGGAUGAGCAAGGGAAGGUGACCAAGUACAUGGGGAAGCAGGAAUCCAUCGAGGAGAGGCUGUCUCAGCUGCAGAGUGAAAACAUGUUACUGCGACAGCAGUUAGAUGAUGCUUCCAACAAAGCUGACAGCAAAGACAAGACAAUAGUUGAUAUCCAAGACCAGUUCCAUGACGUGAUAAGCAGACUCCAAGCUGAGGGCCAGAAGCACAGACUGCUGCUGGAAGACAGAAAUAAGGAAUUAGUCAGUGAGUGCAGUCACUUAAAAGAGAGAGUGUGUCAGUAUGAAAACGAGAAAGCAGAAAGAGAAGUAGUUGUGAGGCAACUUCAACAGGAACUGGCUGACACUCUGAAAAAGCAGUCAAUGUCGGAGGCUUCGCUAGAAGUUUCCUCACGUUACCGUAGUAAUUUAGAAGACGAGGCACGAGAUUUAAAGAAGAAAUUAAGUCAAAUCAGAAAUCAAUUGCAAGAAGCACAGGAUCAACACAGAGAGGCUUUACAUCGUGCUGAGAAGAUGCAAGACCACCUACAAAAGCUUGAACUUGAAAACUCCAAGUUUAAAAUUACAAUACAAAAGCAAUCAGAGAAAAUUGAGCAACUUCAGGAAAACCUAUCAAGUGUGAAUUUGUCUGAAGAGGACAAAGAAAAACUGAAGAAACUUGCUGAGUUGAAAGAAUCUCUGGAAUAUACUUUGGACCAAGAACAGAAGAAAAAUGAUUCAUUAGAAAAAGAACUGACAGAAUUUAAGGAACUCUUAAAAAUGACCAAAAAGGAAUUAAAUGAACAUGAAAACAGAGAACUUAAUCUCAAUCAAGAUAGAAAAAACAGUCAAUUUGAAAUGGAUAUCUCAGUUAAUAUGCUAAUAAACAAGAUUGAUGACCUUACAUCAAAACUGGAAACCGCAUCUUCAAAAUGUCUACACCUGGGUAAAAAAAAUCAGGUUCUUCAGCAGGAGUUGCUGUUGAUGAAAACUGUACAGAAGAAGUGUGUGAAACUAGAGAAGAGUAAAAGGAAACUGGAAGAGGAAGUGGGGAGGCUCAGAAGUCACAUGGAAGAGAAUAUGCUGGAGCGCAGUCAGGUGCAGCAGUACCAGCAGGAGGUGGAGGAGCGGGCCAGGCAGGACCUGGUGGAAAAGCUGAAGCAGGUCAACCUCUUCCUGCAGGCACAGGCAGCAUCUCAGGAAAACCUGGAGCAGUUGAGAGAGAACAGCAACGCUUCAGUGAGGAGUCAGAUGGAGCUCCGGAUCAAAGACCUGGAAUCCCAGCUCUCCAUGAUGAAAAUUCAGGAAGACUUUGGUAAAAUAGAACUAGAAAAAUAUAAGCAACUCUACCAAGAAGAAUUCCGAGUUAGAAAGUCAUUGUCGAGUAAACUAAACAAGACUAACGAGAGGCUGGAGGAGGCCAGCACUAAACUGCUUUGGGAGGAGCAGCAGAAUAGGUCCUUACUAAGCUCUCUUAGUACAAGGCCUGUUGCAGAGUGUCCUUGUGUUGGAAGUCUUCAUAAUAGUUUGGUAUUCAACAGAGCUCUUAUUCCAAGAGAAAACAUAGUGACUCCUACCUCAAGCCUACAGCCAUCAAAUAAAAGAAUGGAAAUAUACCUGACCAAACUGCAUCAGGAGUUGGAAAAAAGUAUAAAUAGAGAACUUAAAGAAGCUACCGCUGAAUUGGAAUCUGAGUUCUGCAGAGUUUCUCCCCUUGGAUCUGCUACUAAACCCGGUCAAGAUCUACUAUCAGAAGCAUCGCAAGACUAUAUAGACAUUUUAAAGAGAAAAUACACAAUCUGCUGAAUUUAAAAAGUGAAAGGAAGGAAGAAAAGGCAUGUCAGUAGGAGUAGGACUGUUUGGGAGAAGGACCAAAGGAAGAGAGGACCAGAGAAGAUAAGGGUGCAGGCACUGUGUGUCUCAGAGCACUGGAUGUGGUGGCAGCCUCACAGCUCCAACCGCAGCACUUGAGAAACAGGCAGGUAGAUCUCCCAAGUUCAAGGUCAGCCAGGACCACAUGUCUCACACAGAAAAAGAAAGUCAUAAUGAAACCUGCUCUUUUGUACAAAUAUAUAUUAAUAUAUAUGGCCUAAAAUAUAUUGUAUUUGUUAGACUUUAUAUAUUUUGUCUACUAUUAAAUAUAUGACUUGAAAACAGAAGUGAAGAAAACUUGUUUGUCGUAUAUAUUAAAAAAUUAAUAUGUUUACCUGGUGUUUUUGGUGACUUUAAGCAGAUUUUACAAGUAUUAUUAAACCAGUAUUACCAAGUUUUACAUAUGAAAAUACCUAAGCCUGUUUCUCAUAAGUACUUUGGUGGGAUAAAAUAGCAUAUUUGUAUUUAUACUUCUGUUUGUUUGUUUUUUUAUACGAGACAGUGUUUCUCUGUAUUGUUUUGGAGGCUGUUGGUCCAGCCCAGCCUCGAACUCACAGAGAUCCGCCUGCCUCUGCCUCCCGAGUGCUGGGAUUAAAGGCGUGCGCCACCACCGCCCAUCUAUACUUCUGUUUUUGUCACUACAUAUGAGCCAAAAGAUUUAGCCAGGCAUCACUUCAGGAUGCAACUGCUUUAGCCAUUGGUAACAUUUUAAUAUAUUGCAGCCACAGUGUCACCAUCAACCCUAGUCUUAAUUUUAAGCACUGAUUUAUAGUUCUUGAUCCUACAGAAAAGCACAUUUACCUAAGGCUUUUUACCUGUUCUGUUUAUUCAUUUGCUUGUUCAUCUUUGAUUUUUUUUUAAACAGUCUUGCCACCAUUCUUGACUAUUAUAGUAUUUUUUACAGUUGACAACAUCCUGAGUAACUGUGGUGCCACCUUAUAAUGAGAAGGCUAACACUAAUACACCCUGGCAUUUAAUCCUAGAUUCUUUCCAGUUUGACUUCUUGCCUACAGUGUCCUUUAACGAAGACUGAGCCCAUUCAGACUCAUGGAUUCCAGUUACUUACAUUUCUUAGACUGCUUCAGUCUGGAGCGUUGCCCACACUUGCCUUGAUUUUCAUGACCUUAAAUCUCCAGGGUACAAUUCAUGUAGUGUUCUUGAAUUGACUUUUCUGUUUCAUUAUGAGUAAAUCAUGUUUUUUUUUUUGGCAAGAGUAUUACAGAUGUAAUAUUUUUCAUUUGAUCCUAUUAUUAUCUCUAAUUUAGAUUUCCCCUAUUAUAAUGUUGAUAUUGAUCGCAAGAACAAUUAUGUGAUGUGUUUUUCCUCUAUAUAUUUACUUUUGGUUUUGUAACAAUUAUUUUGUGGGGAGGUAAUUUGUGACUGUAAAUAAUUGUUUCUCAUCAAACUUACAAUGUAUUCAUUUACUAGUAUUCAUGUGAAUUAAUGGUUCUUCAUUUUACUUAAUGAGUUACAACAUGUUGAUAACAUUUUAAAUUAUUUUUAUAUUUUAAUAAAUUAAAUUUUUGAGAAUUCCA